GCUGCGCGUGUCUCUGGCAGGAGGGUGUGUCUGCAGCCCAGGAUUUAAACUUCUCCACUCAAAGCCUGCUUCUCAUUGUUGCUUCUCCACUCUGCAUUCUCACACUUCUGCUCCCACUGAACUGAGAUGCCGGCAGCGAUUCCUGAAGUCAGAGACAGAACUGAAGUAGGACGCUUCCCAACUGUCACUUUUCCAUUUGUGGAGAAUGUUGAGGUGGAAAAAGAAGAAACGGUGGAGGAUGAAAAAACGGAGGAGGGCGCCUGUCGACGCUGGCUCCGUAAGGCGUGUCCAUGCUGUUAUAAACAGCCGAGUGACGACGAUUUGACGGAAACUGUGGUCACAGGGACUGAUGAGCCAGAGAAAGAGGAGGAGACGAACGGAGAGGGCAAUCUAAACGAGCUCCUUCUGAAAGUCCGAUCAAUAGAUCUGAUGAAAAGUAAAACAGGAGAGAACCUGGUGGAACAUCACACUAACCUCUACCAGAGCGACAACUUCAUCAUCCGCAGAGGGCAGACCUUCCAGAUGUGGAUAACCUUAUCCAGACCUUUUGACCCCCAAACAGAUGAACUGCAUCUUGAACUGAAAACAGGGUUCCUCCCUGCCGUGUCAAAUGGAACCCAUGUCAUUGUCCCUCUGGUGGAGGAGCUGGAGGACGGCCGCUGGGAGGCUGCCAUCGUCAAGCAGGAGGACAGGAAGUUAAGGCUGUCGGUGAAUUCCCCACCCACCGCUGUCAUCGGCAGAUACCAGCUCACUAUAGUGACAAAUAGUGCUAAUGGAAGGGACACUUCUGCACACGAUCCUGCCAAUGACAUCUACCUGCUGUUCAACCCUUGGUGUGAAGAUGACCCCGUGUUCAUGGACUCAGAGGAGGAGAGGAAGGAGUACGUCCUAAAUGAUGUGGGACGGAUCUAUUACGGCACGCAGCAACAGAUUGGAGCGAGGACGUGGGACUACGGACAGUUUGAUAACGGGAUCCUCGCUGCUUGCCUCUUCCUGCUGGAAAAGAGUCAAACUCCAAACUCUGGUUGGGGAGACCCCAUCAAUGUGGCCCGAAUCAUCUCAGCCAUGGUAAAUUCUCCUGAUGACCUUGGUGUUGUGGAGGGAAACUGGUCAGGAGAGUAUUCACUGGGAACCUCCCCCACUGUGUGGAGCGGAAGUAUGGAAAUCCUGCAAGCGUACCAUAAAAGUAAAGGGACACCCGUGAAGUUCGGCCAGUGUUGGGUCUUUGCUGGUGUCUGCACUACAAUAUUAAGGUGUUUCGGCAUUCCUGCUCGAACGGUGACCAACUUCAGCUCAGCCCACGACACAGAUGUCUCCUUAACAACUGAUGUCUACCUGGAUGAGAAUUUUGAGCCUAUAACCCACCUUAACACAGACUCUAUCUGGAAUUUCCAUGUGUGGACCGAUUGCUGGAUGGCUCGUCCAGACUUGCCUCAUGGCAACGGAGGCUGGCAGACUGUUGAUGCCACACCGCAGGAAACCAGUCAGGGCACGUUCCGCUGUGGCCCGGCUUCCCUCACCGCUGUCCGCAAUGGUCAGGUCUUCCUCAAACAUGACACCACCUUUGUGUUUGCUGAGGUAAACAGUGAUAAAAUAUACUGGCAAAAGAACAAAGAUGGUACAUUCAGUCAAAUCUACAGUGAGAAGAACAUUGUGGGUCACUACAUCAGCACCAAGGCUGUAGGCUCAGAUGAACGCAAUGACAUCACACACCUUUACAAACAUCCUGAAGGCUCAGAGGAGGAACGUAUUGCUGUGGAAACUGCCUGUAGCUACGGCUCCAAAGCAGCCGCCUACUCACCUCCAACAGCAGAAGAUGUGACUUUAGAAGUGAUCAUGGAGGGCGAUGGUCCCAAAAUGGGGGCAGAUGCAGAGCUGACCAUCAGGUUGAAGAACAGCAGCUCAGAGCAGCGAACAGUGACCCUGCACAGCCAGUUAGCCGUCAUGUACUACACUGGAGUCCACAAAGCCACCGUGAAAAAGGACAAAGCUGAUUUGGAAUUGCUGCCUAAUGAGGAGAAUGAUUUGACGUGGGUACUGGAGUACAAGGUGUACAAGGACCAGCUGAUAGACCAGGCUGCCCUGAUGCUGACACUUUCAGGCCGGGUUAGAGAAACGCAGCAAGUUCUGGCCACCCAGUUCAGCUUCCGACUCCGGACCCCCGACCUCGUCAUAAAGCCCAUUGGGGAGGCUGUAGUAGGGAAGGAGAUGGCGGUGGAGAUACAUUUUACCAACCCCCUCCCCCAGGUGCUGAAAGCAGUAAUAUUUCACAUAGAGGGAAUAGGACUUCUACCUGGGAAAAAGAUUGAAUUUGGAGAUAUUGCCAAACAUGCCUCCAUCUCUUUCAAGCAGCACUUUGUCCCCAGCCUUCCUGGACUGAGGAAAUUACUGGCUUCUUUGGACUGCAAGCAGCUCACCCAGGUUCAUGGUGUGAGGGACAUCAAUGUGGAGGACAAAAGCAGUGUGGCUUCAUAGAGAUCUGCACAUUUUUAUCUGUCAAUUACUCAUCAUACUAUCAUAUUCUUUUACUCCAUGAGCUCCUUUUCCCCCUUUAUUUACAUGUGAAGCCAGUAUCCCAGUCUACCAAUGUAUUACACUGCUGCACUGAUUAAAUUUGCACAAGAAUUGUAAACUGACGGCUAAUU